GGCGGAGGGAUCCGCGCGGGGGGCGGUGCUGUGGAACCGGCCGGGAUCACCUUGUCGGGGCGGGCAGCGCGGCGCGCAGAGCGGCAGCGGCUGUCGGCAACGACGGGUAUCGGCGGCAGCAGCGGCAGUAGUAGUAGUAGCAGUAGCAGCAGCAGACACAGGAUUCCAUCAACGAUGUCGAAGCACCACGAUGCAGGGACCGCUUUCAUCCAGACCCAACAGCUGCACGCUGCCAUGGCGGACACCUUCCUGGAGCACAUGUGCCGCUUGGACAUCGACUCGGAGCCAACCAUUGCAAGAAACACCGGCAUCAUCUGCACCAUUGGCCCAGCCUCCCGCUCGGUGGAGAAGCUGAAGGAAAUGAUUAAAUCUGGAAUGAAUGUUGCCCGCCUCAACUUCUCUCAUGGCACCCACGAGUAUCAUGAGGGCACAAUUAAGAACGUGCGAGAAGCUACAGAGAGCUUUGCCUCUGAUCCCAUCACCUACCGACCUGUGGCUAUUGCACUGGAUACCAAGGGACCUGAAAUUAGAACUGGACUCAUUAAGGGAAGUGGCACAGCAGAAGUGGAGCUGAAGAAGGGUGCACCGCUCAAAGUGACCCUGGAUGAUGCCUUCAUGGAGAACUGUGAUGAGAACACGCUGUGGGUGGACUACAAGAAUCUCACCAAGGUUGUAGAAGUUGGCAGCAAAAUCUAUGUGGAUGACGGUCUGAUUUCCUUGCUGGUUAAGGAGAAAGGCAAGGACUAUGUCAUGACGGAGAUUGAGAACGGUGGCAUGCUGGGCAGCAAGAAGGGAGUGAACCUGCCUGGCGCUGCAGUUGACCUGCCUGCAGUCUCUGAAAAGGACAUUCAGGACCUCAAAUUCGGUGUGGAGCAGAACGUGGAUAUGGUGUUCGCUUCCUUCAUCCGCAAAGCUGCUGAUGUCCAUGCUGUCAGGAAGGUGCUAGGGGAAAAGGGAAAGAACAUCAAGAUCAUCAGCAAGAUCGAGAACCAUGAGGGUGUGCGCAGGUUUGAUGAGAUCAUGGAGGCCAGUGAUGGCAUUAUGGUGGCCCGUGGUGACCUGGGAAUUGAGAUCCCUGCUGAAAAAGUCUUCCUUGCCCAGAAGAUGAUGAUUGGACGUUGCAACAGGGCUGGCAAACCCAUCAUCUGUGCCACUCAGAUGCUGGAAAGCAUGAUCAAGAAACCUCGCCCGACCCGUGCCGAGGGCAGUGAUGUUGCUAAUGCUGUCCUGGACGGAGCGGACUGCAUCAUGCUCUCGGGAGAGACCGCUAAGGGAGACUACCCGCUGGAGGCUGUGCGCAUGCAGCAUGCUAUUGCUCGCGAGGCUGAGGCCGCAAUGUUUCAUCGUCAGCUGUUCGAAGAGAUUUUACGCCUCAAUGUUAACAACAGGGACCCUGCCGAUGCCAUGGCAGCAGGCGCAGUGGAGGCCUCUUUUAAGUGCUUAGCUGCAGCCCUGAUAGUUCUGACCGAGUCCGGCAGGUCAGCACACCUGGUGUCCCGGUACCGCCCGCGGGCUCCCAUCAUCGCCGUGACCCGUAAUGACCAGACAGCGCGCCAGGCUCACCUCUACCGGGGCAUCUUCCCCGUCCUCUGCAAAGAACCGGCCCACAAUGCCUGGGCGGAGGAUGUGGACCUCCGCGUGAACCUGGGCAUGAAUGUUGGCAAAGCGCGUGGGUUCUUCAAGAGCGGGGACCUGGUCAUCGUGCUGACAGGCUGGCGCCCUGGCUCCGGCUACACCAACACCAUGCGUGUGGUGCCUGUUCCCUGAAGGGCCGAUGCCGACCAGCGACCACCUUCCUUCCCCCAUCCCCUUGCUCCCCUCGCGUUAGACCAGCCGUCGCUUGCGAUGUUCUCCUUGUCCCUAGCGUGGAUGUAGGUUGCUAAACACCACCCAGUGCAGCAGCAGCAGCAGGGGGAAGAGACCUUAAAUCACUAAAAAAACCAAUACUUGAAGUGUUUAGUUUUUUUAAAAACCUCUCCCAGUAGUCAAGUCCUGCCCCGAUGUAUGUCGGAGUCAGCAUAGGAGGUUCCCCGUAGCCUAGUGACUGUCCUCAGGGUGUGACAUGUCCUGUUGGGGGUGACAGGGAAGGGGAGAGGUGAUGUGUGGUCAUCCCCUAUCACCCCCCUUUUGCUCCAGGGAAGCUGCUACCCUCCCCCACCUCCCCACAGACCAAAUCCAAGGUGACUCCAGACCCUCAGGCUGGUGGUGUGUCCAGGGCUGGGGUUAGAAGAUGCUCCACCACCCGGUGCUCUGGGCUUCCCUUGCUCCCUCGCAGCCCCCUCCCCUCCUUUAGUCGUGUGUGUGUGUGUCUAGAGCCUUCUCCCCCCUGCCCCGCACUCCCAGGGGCCCCUGGGGCGGCAGAGCACAACUCUCCAUCAAUAAAGAGAAGCUGAAGCACC